AUGCAGUUUUUGGCUUCUCUCGCACUAUUCGUCGGCGCUGUGGCUGCUCAAUGCCCGAAUUGCGCAAUUCCGAUUCCAUGUUUGUCGCCGCCAUGCGGUCCUCCACCGCCGAUUGUGAUCCGUGCACCAGCUCCUCCACCGUUCUGUAGCUGUGGCCCACCACCGCCAUGUUUCCAAGCACCAUGUAUGGCGCCAUUGCCUCCAUGCAUCUCGUGUGCACCACCACGACCAACGAUUGUUGUUGCGGCUCCACCAACGCCGCCAUGUGUCGGAUGUGCUCCCACUCCGAUCUUCUUGCCUCCACCACCACCACCGCUUCUUUUCGGAUCAAUCUCAUGCUGUUCACCGAAUAACUACUCCUGCUGCGGAAGCUUGUUCCAUCGCAGGAUUUUCUCGAAGCGAAGCAUCGACGUCGAGGCUACCUCAACGACUACUGAGAAACCUUAA